AUGGAGAAUAAAGGCUCAGAAGGUUCUUCGUCUGACCUCAAAUUGGUUGCUCACCCAAGAGCAAAAAGUAAGGUAUGGAGGUACUUUGGGUUUGACACUGACGCUGAAGGGUGUAUAUUGCAGUGGAAGAAAAUAUACUGCCGGAUAUGCAUGGCCCAAAUUGCUUAUUCUGGAAACACGUCCAACCUUUCCUACCACCUGGAAAAGAACCACCCAGAUGAGUUCUGCGAAUUUGUGAAAAGCAACACGGAGCAGAUGAGGGAGGCUUUUGCAACAGCUUUUUCUAAAUUGAAGCCGGAAGCAUCACAGCAUUUUGUACAGGACACAUUAAACAUGAAGCCAAACUAUGCUUAUGAGAACAGAAAACACCAGGAUCUGACUGCUGCCGUAGUUAGCUUCAUCUGCGAGGGGAUGUAUCCGGCGUCGGUUGUAGAUGAACCGACUUUUAGGGCCCUUCUAAAAACUGCUGACCCAAGGUACGAGCUUCCGAGCAGGAAUUAUUUGUCGACCAAAGCAAUUCCUGAAAAAUACUAUUUAGUUAAAGAAGCUGUAUUUAAGGAACUUGCUGACGUGGUAUGGUGUGGUACUUCUGCAGACCUGUGGAAAAGUCAGAACCAAAACAGGACUUACGUGUCUCUAGCUGCUCACUUUAUAAAUAACUGCAGUGUGAAUAACGCCACGUUAACCACCAGGUGCUUGAAAACCUUUGAAGUACCAGAAGACAAUACUGCAGAAAACAUCACACGUGCACUUUACGAGGCCUUUGUUGAGUGGGGCAUCAAUGACAAAGUCUUUGGUGCCACUACAAAUUGCUCUGCAGACAUUGUGAAAGCUUGCUCCCUUCUAGACCUUCCUGUUCACAUGCCUUGCUUUGGGCAUACCGUCAACCAUGGAAUAAAUCAAGCAUUUCAGCUUCCUAAGCUCAUUGUCUUUUUAGGCCGUUGUAGGAAGCUGGUUGAAUACUUUCAACAGUCCACAGUAGCCAUGUACAUGCUGAGAGAAAAGCAAAAGCAGCAAGGAAUACUUCAGUGCAUGCCGAUAAGUGACAGAGUAACUUGGUGGGUGAGCACCCUUGCUAUGCUCCAACGUCUAAAGGAGCAGCAGUUUGUUAUUUCAUCUGUCCUUGUCGAAGACAGCAACAAUCAUCACCUGAUGCUUGAAGCAAUGGAGUGGAACACUGUUGAGGGUCUCGUAGACUUAUUGCAGCCCUUCAAACAAGCAGCGGAGAUGAUUACUGCCUGCAAAUACCCAGCAAUCAGCAUGGUAAAACCUCUCUUGCAUAUGCUUUUAAACACAACACUAAAAGCCAAAGAUAGUGAUCUCAAAGAAAUCAGCACGGCAAAGGAGGCAAUAGCCAAAGAGCUAUCCUCCACGUACCAGCAGACACCUGAGGUUGACAUGUUCCUGAACGUGGCAACAUUUAUAGACCCCCGUUACAAAAAACUCCCCUUCCUUUCCGCCUUUGAGCGAGCCCAGGUUGAGACUAGAGUCAUUGACGAAGCUAAGGCUUUGUUAGAAAAAUGGAAGAGUUCAAGGCCAGAUGACCCACCGUUCUCUGAUGAACCCCCUUUUAAAAGACAAGCAACUUCCACCCCACCACCUUCAAGCAGUGCCAGCAACAUACUGUCUGUAAUUUUCAGCCAAACAAGUGCAGAUGAAAACCAAGAGGAACUGCACGCUCAGGUGAUGGAGGAGUUGAGUAACUUUAAAUCCCAAAAAGUCCUUGGACUCAAUGAGGAUCCCCUCAGGUGGUGGUCUGACCGGUUGGCCUUAUUCCCGAUCCUGCCAAAGUUACUGCAGAAGUACUGGUGUGUUCCAGCAACAAGUGUCUAUCCUGAACGUCUGUUUAGUUCUUCAGGGAACGUGCUGAGGGGAAAAAGAAAUCGCCUUGCCCCAGCUCAUGUGGACCAGCAGGUCUUUCUGUAUGAAAACACACGUACUGGCUACGAAGCGGAGCCCGUGGAUGAGGAUGAGGGAGAGUGGGGCUUAGAACAUGAUCAGGCAUUAAGUGUAGGUGAUACACUUGCCAUGCAGACUAACGUGGUUAACACAAAAGACACUGGCUUCUAUUGAACUGUCGACUUUAAUGCUGUUUAGUCAUUGGAAGUCAGUUGGAACUUUUCAGUUCAUAUAUAUACAUUUUUUUUAAACCAUGAAUCAAAUACUGCUUUUGUAGUAUACUAAAUACUAAAAUGUUAAUGCUAUAUCGACUAAAAAAGAAAAUAUGUCACUGUAUCAGAUUCUGUAAAUAACAUUUGGACCUUGCAUUGUUUGAGUGGGAAUUGAAUACAGUAGCUUGCCCUAUAUGAAAGCAUAUACUGCACAAUAAAGGCAUAGCCUUGAAUAAGUCAGAUAUAGCUGUGACAGAACAGGGUUUUGGAUGUUCUUCUCCAACUUGAUUGGACAUCCGUAAGCUCUCGCUGGACUAUUCACAUGCCAGAUAUGAGUCUCAAAAGCAUUCUCCCUGACAGUUCCACAGUGGAAUUUUGAGAGAGAACUCAUUACGUCAAAUGCAGAAGUACCUACCUUGUUGUGGACAUGAAAACACAACUGGCGGGUGUAAGGAAACUAAUAUAAUGUCUAUAAAUUAGUGCGCACAAUAACAAUUGAUGUGUUAGUGAGUUUCCUUUAUUAAUUCCUAUAAUCAAGUAACACUUACAGCAUAAUCAUUGUCAUUAGGCACAACAAUAAGGCCACUAGUUAUUAGCAGAAGUCAUCAUUGAUCGGUUGCCAAUUUCUGGGAGGGCAUCAGUCAAGAUGCUGGUGUGUGUUCAAAGAGGAUCUUGAAUGCUUCUCAAAUCCACUCUUAUAUAUCUUGUACAAUUGUGUGUGUGUGAAGCUAAACCUUGUUUUUGCUAGCUAGUUUCUUUGUGUCAGCAGUGUUCCAACCAAGAACAGUCAAGUUCCCUUAGCCCAUUCAGUUCCUUGUUCUCCCUUGUUCCUGGAAUGAUGUUUUAAUUGUUAUCCUGCAAUAGAAAAGCAUUAUGGAUACAUUUUUUUAACCAAUGUUUUUAUAUGGUUGAUCCUUCUGUGUUUUUAGAAAUAAAAUGUGAUUUUAAAAUUAAGACCUACUAUUUACAUCAAACUUAUAGCACUACUAUAGCCACAUUAUUGAAAUUAAAGACUACCAUUAUAUGGCAGUAAACCUUGCUAUAUCUUCAAAAGUGAUGCUUUCUAGCACGUGUUGUAUUCCUGUAUACUAUUUGCAGUACUUAUCAAAACCUAACUUGUAUAUAGAUUGCCCAGAGAAAAGGUGGAGAACAGCUCAAGGCAUAUGACAUGUUGAAUAGCUUCCAGGUGUGUGUAAUGGCUAGUCCCCCACAGCCCAGCACAGCACAGUCUAGUACGGUGGAUAACAAAUGCUAUUGUAAGUCUAAAGCUUUCAAUACUUCUGUAAAAUAUGUUUAAUAAAAUGUUCGUGUUGGAAUACUUUCUAUUGAUGGUUAAACCAUCAUUUCUGAUUUAAUUUCUGAGCAAAAUAUUUUUAUUUUGCUCAGAAAUUAAAAUGCAUUUUAUUUACUUUGCAGUAUAUUGAUGUAUAUUUCAAAAAGUACAUUGGCUUCCAAUCUGCAAUAUGCAGUGUGCUAAUGGCUAUACACACACUUUUUAUCCUAGUUGUUUUUUUUGUUUUUUUUUAUAAAAGAAAAUCACCUGAUGGCUUUUAAGUCUGGGGUUGAGAAGUAGGACUGGACUUUCCAUUCUUUUUAAGGGAGCAUGUGAAAAAGUCACCAGACAAUACCAAGAACAAUAAUAAAAACAUCUCUUUAAAAAG